AUGAUAUUAUUACCUUUAACUUAUAUGUGGCCUAGGAGUUUGUAUGUAACGUUAAAUUGCCGUAACAACAAAAAAGUCAAACGAGUGAUUGAAAUAUCAUUAGCGACAAAAUGGUUAAGAUGUCUCAGUAAUGUAGUGAAGACUUCGGGGAAGGAACAAUGUAUCCUGGACUCUUGCAGCAUCAGUCCCAGCUGCAAAGAGCCACGAGUCAUAAUAGUUGGCGCUGGAAUGGCAGGUUUAUCAGCAGCUCACCGACUAACUCAAUGUGGAAUUAAUAAUUUUUUAGUUUUGGAAGCCAAGGAAAGACCUGGCGGACGUAUUCACUCAUGUUGGCUUGGGGAUUCAGUGAUCGAAAUGGGCGCUGAAUGGAUUCGGGGAGCAUGUUUACCUAAUCCUGUAUAUACGUUAGCAUCAACAGACAGACUUUUACAGGACCCACUCGCUCGUCUGGAUGCAAGUAAAGGACUGUUCUGUACCAGCGAAGGCCGUGCUAUAGAUUUACCAGUGACAAUCACAGCUUAUCAUACAUUUAGGCAAAUAGAACAACAAGCUGCUAAUCUAUUCAGAUUAGGAUGUGAAAGAAGGCAUGGUACGCUUCUUAAUUUUAUAGCACUACGUAUCCAACAGGAGUUACAUAAUUUUCCCGAAGACCAACGAUACGACGCAGCCAGGGUAAUGUUUGGUCUAACUAACAUAUUAAGAAAUAGAUGCGGUGAUGAUUUAUCACUUAUAAGUGCUGAUCAAUAUGGAAGCUACAUUGAACUCCCCGGAGGUGUUGUCCGUGUUCCAUUAGGCUUUAUAGGAGUUAUAGCACCAUUGCUUCGAGGUUUACCUGAUAACUGUAUACGUUAUAAUAAAGCUGUUAACGUCAUUCGCUGGGGAAAAGGCCAGACAGGUAAAGGUAGAGUUUUAGUAAAAUGUUGUGAUGGAGAAGAAAUAAACGCUGAUUACGUCAUUGUUACAAUGUCUCUCGGUUGUCUGAAAUGCCAAGCUGAUAAACUGUUUGCUCCACCUCUACCAAUGUGUAAACUGGAGGCUAUAUGUAAUUUAGGUUAUGGCCUCAGUGACAAAAUAUUCCUAGAAUAUGCGGAACCGUAUUGGGCCUGUAAUGAGGGAAACCUGAAAUUAGCUUGGUCUGCUGAGGAACUACAGUGCAGGUGCGAUUGGACCAGAGGGGUUUGUGCCAUAGAUGAACUGCCAGGAAGUAAACAUGUUUUAUGCUCCUUGAUUUCGGGACAGGAGGCGGCUGUCAUGGAGUCAAUGUCAGAGAGUGAUGUUGCUGAAGGAUUGACAGGUCUUUUGCGUAGAUUUACUGGAAACCCUUGUCUUCCAUAUCCGCAAAUGAUACUAAGGUCGCGUUGGGCACUCGAUCCUCAUUUUUGUGGAGCAUACAGUUACAUGGGCUGCUGUUCAAACGUUAGUCUCCAAUGCGAACUUGGCACACCUGUGCCUGGUCCGUGUGACCCACAGCCUCCUAUAAUUUGUUUUGCUGGUGAGGCCACUGUGCCUGGCCAUUUCGCUACAGUACACGGAGCCAGGCUAAGUGGUGUAAGAGAAGCAGAACGUAUUAUACAGCUUACUAAAAAAUUCGACGGCCCUCCGCGUUAA